AUGAGCUUUAGGCCUUCCAAGGUGGUGCGGGAGGCCUGGCCCGAGGUGGAGGCGGGGCGGGAACCCGAGGCCGGGCCUGGGCCAGACUCCGGGAGGCCGUUGGAGGUGGAGGCAGGCCUGCGGGCAGAGCCGCUCCCCGCCUCCAAGCAGGACUCAGAGCAGCUCUUGGAGUCAAGUCAAGGACGGGAACCCGAGCUGAACUGGGCUUCGGGGCAGAGCACGCAGUCCCUUGGGGUGUCCCAUUCCCAGUCGGGGUCAGUGCAGGGGCGUUCAAGUCCGCAGGCUCCCAGGUCGGAAAAUCAGUUGUCGGAGAGACCCCGCUGCCGCACCAACUGCCUAGAGGCGCCCCUCUCCCGCGCCUUCGGAAGACUGGGGUGGGAGGUGGGCUCGCACCCCUGGAUCUUCCUGCUGGUGCCCAUGGUGCUGACGGCCGCUCUGGGCACUGGCUUGAUUUACUUGCCCACGGAUGUAGAAGAAAACCUCGAGGAGCAGUACACCCCCAUAGGGAGCCGGGCCAAGGCUGAGCGGCGCUUUGUGCAGGGACAUUUCACCACCAACGACUCUUACCUCUUCUCCAUCUCCAGGAAGAGCACCGAAGUCAACUUUGCUUGUAUUCUGGCGGUCUCCAACACUGCCUCACUGCUGGAACAAGAAAUCCUAGAGGAAAUUGGUAAAUUGGACGACGUGGUACAGGAUCUGUAUGUGACCGAGGAAAACAGAGCCCAGAUCUGCUACAGUCAGGUGUGCGCUAAGAACCAGGGCCCCUGCGUGCCCUCCAACCCACUCCUGGCUGCCUGGAAGAUGAACAAGAACCUCGACCUGAGACACAUCACCUUCCCAAUCUUCAACCAAACGGGUCAGCCCAUCUACCUGGCUGGCACCAUUGGGGGAACCCUUUUAGGCAAGAGGAUGGGAAUGAACCAGUUACUCGUGAAGGCCAAAGCCAUGCGGCUUCUGUACUACCUGAAGACGGAGGAUGGAGAGGUCAACGAGCUUAGCAAGAUGUGGUUGAUCUAUUUCCUGAACCAGUUUAGCAACAUGAAAACGAGUCUGGCCCUGAAGAAGAUCCAGGUGGUCUAUUUCACACCACUUUCCAGACAACUGGAAUUUGAAGCAACUUCUACAACCGUGAUCCCUUUGUUCCACUUGGCAUAGCUUCUAAUCAUAUUAUUUGCACUCACAUCAUGCUACAGUAUAUACCUAAGAGUUGAAUUGCAUGAAGAUUGUUUCCCUUUUUUAACAGGUGUUGGGGUUGAUGAUAUGUUCAUAAUGAUUUCUGCCUGGCAGAAGACUAGCCUCAGGGACAACAUAAAACAGCGGCUGUCCAAUGUCUAUUCCAAAGUGGCUGUGUCGAUUACGAUCACCACCAUCACCAACGUCCUGGCCUUCUAUACAGGGAUUAUGACCUCUUUCAGGUCCGUACAAUACUUUUGCAUCUAUACAGGAACAACCCUGCUCUUCUGUUAUUUCUAUAACUUCAUCUGUUUUGGAGCAUUUAUGGCUCUGGAUGGUAAAAGAGAAGUAGUCUGUCUACGCUGGUUGAAAAAGCCAGAAACUCCUGACCAAAAAUGUUCCUCAUUGAAAAGGUCCUGCUGUCUCCCAUGUGAUUCUCUCCCGGAUGAACAAGAAACUGAUAUCCAUCCAAUGAAUUUGUUCUUUCGAGACUAUUUUGGCCCUUUUCUCACAAGCACUGGGUCCAAAUUUUUUGUAGUGCUUAUAUACAUUUUGUACAUGAUAAGUAGUAUCUAUGGGUGUUUCCUAGUGCAGGAAGGUUUAGACCUUCGAAAUUUGGCAAGUGACGAUUCCUACAUCACACCAUAUUUUAAUGUAGAAGAAGAAUAUUUUUUGGAUUAUGGUCCCAGGGUUAUGGUUAUUGUUACUGAAACUCUUGACUACUGGGAUAAAGAUGCUAGGCAAAAACUGGAAAUAUGUCUGGCAGAUUUGGAAAACAGUGACUAUGUAGGUAAAAAUCUCACAGAGUUUUGGUUACGAGAGUAUGUGCAAUAUAUGGAAAACAGCAAGCAAGAUGUAAAUGAUAAGGACACUUUUAUGAACGGUUUGCCCAAUUUUUUAACACAUUUUCCACUUUUUGUGUAUGAUAUUAAUAUUUCAUCAUCACAUGAAAUCAUUUCUUCCCGGGGCUUCAUUCAGACCAUGGGUGUUUCUUCUUCAACCGAUAGGAAGAUGAUGUUAUCCCAGUUACGAAGCAGAGCCAAAAAGUGCGAAAUUCCCCUAAUGGUGUAUAAUCAGGCAUUCAUAUAUUUUGAUCAGUAUACCGCAGUAUUAGAAAACACUGUUCGAAAUGUCAUUGUUGCAUCAACUGCUAUGUUCAUUGUUUCCUUAUUGUUAAUUCCUCAUCCACUGUGUUCCUUGUGGGUGACUUUUGCUAUUACUUCUGUGGUUGUGGGAGUAACAGGUUUCAUGGCAUUCUGGAAUGUCAGUCUUGAUUCCAUAUCCAUGAUUAAUCUUGUCAUUUGCAUAGGGUUUUCUUUCGAUUUUUCUGCACACAUUUCUUAUGCAUUUGUUUCCAGCUCUAAGCCCUCAGGAAACCAAAAAGCAAUUGAGGCAUUGUAUCUGCUAGGCUACCCAAUGUUACAAAGUGCACUUUCAACAGUAAUAGGGGUGUGUGUUUUAUCUAUAGCUAAAGCAUACAUCUUCAGGACAUUUUUUAAGAUUAUGUUUCUUGUUAUGGUAUUUGGGGCUGCUCAUGGCCUAAUAUUUAUUCCAGUAUUCUUAACUUUUUUUUCAAGGUUUGUUUGA